GCGGGCACCUGCGUUAUUGAUCCGCCCCGCGUGCGCGUCCCAGCAUCUGCUUUGCGCCAGUUCGCUCGCCUCUUGACGUACUUCUAUCGAUUCCACAUCAAGGAAUGCUGGAUGGGAAUGUAGAACGAGGGAUGAUUGUAGAUGGUGUAUACGGCAAGCAGAUACUCGACAUUGACGGCCCGGAGCUGCUAGAGGAUGUCGGAGAAUUUGACGAGUCCGUUGAACAGACUUUGCAAGAUGCGUAUGGAGAAGAGGGUGAAGACGAAAGGACAGGUGAUGAUCCGUAUGGCGGUAUGCCUCUCGAUUUAUAUGAGAAUAUUGUUGAGUUCAAAAGAAGUGGUACAUAUCCAACGUUCAUCGACUCUCGACAUGAUCGCAGUGCUCUGAGCCACUGGAGAGCAAGAUGCCUUCGUUUCGUGUUGGCUGAUGAUAAUGAGACGCUACUUUACUACAAUCCCUCAAGUAGUGUUAACGACCAACCAAAGGUUGUCGUUAAAAAAGGCGAAGUACGCCGGGUUAUUGAAAGGAUACAUGAUCUGAUUGGACAUCUUGGACAGAAGCGUACCCAAAUUGUCGUUCUGAAGAAACUUCACUGGCGAUCUGUGCGGCAAGAUGUGAAGACAUUUAUCAAUAGUUGCGCAUUCUGCAAUCAGAAAAAGCUUGAAGGAAAGAAGAUAUUGAAGGCUCCAGUGGAUGUCACGAGUGAUAAUUUCGACCUCACUAUUGAAGUGCGAAGUAAACCGUUGCAGAAUGGAGAGCUGUACGAUCGGCUGACUUUUAAUCUUAUCGGGUACAACGAGCAAGAAGUUCGCGCUGCAGCAGUGACACGAAUGACAGCAUACACAUUCAAAGAAACAGCCAGUGAACUACGUGGACGAUUUGCGCGACCUGGCUCGGCUGGCACUUCGAAUUUUCGCCGGCAGCCGUACAUAAAAAGAACUCGCUAUUCUCCGUAUGCUUCUGGGUUUAUUGUUCCAUACGCGGGAAAGCAUAAAAAUGAUGUGAGAUUUUUUAUCGAAGUCUUUCAAGACGAACGAGAUCCUGCCCUUUCCUCUUCUUACAGCGGGCAAAUCUACCAAGCUGACGACGCGUCAGAAAACCAUCACAUUGAGGGCUCAGAUGUUCAACAGAAUGCCCCAGUUAGCAUGUCAUCGCAAUCUGCUGAUUCAGUGAAAACAGAAGCUGCAAGUGUAAACUCGCAGCAAAUGCCGUCAACUUCAAGAAGAGAUCUCCUAUCCACGCCAAGAUUGGCUACUUUCAAUGGAGCACGGCAAAAGAAGAGUUCGAAGUCUUUGGGUAAUCUAGGACUUGCAACCCGAUUCAACCUAGCGGUGGGAUCAAAUACGGACAGACCAGAUGCUGACAACGUUGAGAUGUUGCUGCCAUCAUUUGAAUCGGUUAAUAGCCGUCCUGAAAUGACAUCAUUACCUCCUGUUAUGCUAAUGCCAUCUGUUGAUCCAGAAGUUAUUCAUUUGCAAAAGGAGCUGCUGCUGAGACAAUUGCGGCUACAAAGAAUGCAAGAGAAAGUGUUACAAGCGCAGUUCAACACCAUCCGUCUUCCAAUAGCAAGAUAUGAAGAAAUUGAUCCUGACGGUGGUCAAGUUCAAAUACUUGGAGAAGAUGGAGAUGAAGAAUUUAUUGGAGAGCGGGUAGAUGAGGAACAACAACUGAAUGUGAUUAACAGCGGAGACGAAAGUGGUGAUGAGAUUAUGAGGGAAUCGACGACGUGAUUGUCUAUAGCCAGUUUCACAAUACGGUGUUGCAUUUUUGAUUGUAUCUUAGUUUGUAUUCAUAAAGGUCUCUC